AUGCUGUGUAUCUCGUGGGCUUCGCUAUCGGUUGGACUGCAAACGUACCCGACGCUUGGGGAAAGUAUCAUUCUCAACGACAUGGACUUGUUUGUCCUCGCCGUGUUUAUCCUCGAAGCAUUUAUAAAAAUUAUGGCGGAAGGAUUAUACCCAUGGCGAUUUUUUACCGGUAAAGAGAUGCGAUGGAAUUGCUUUGAUUUCGCAAUUAUUGUCAUGAGUCUACCGAUAUGGGGAUCAGCUCUUGGGGGUAGCAGUAUCGCUAUUCUGCGUAUGCUUCGACUUAUGAGAAUCAUGAAGCUGGUCAAGCGAAUUCCGCAGCUCUACAUGAUUGUCAUGGGACUAAUCGGCGGACUGAAAUCUAUCGGCUAUAUCAUGUUACUGUUGUUCCUCGUAUUUUAUCUCUACGCGAUCUCCGGAAUGUACGCUUGGCAAGAUAACGAUACGUUCCACUUUCGUAGUGUUCCCAUCGCAAUGAUCACGCUUUUCCGAAUGAGUACACUCGAAAAUUGGGCAACCAUUAUGGACAUUAAUUACUUCGGAUGUGAUCGCUUUGACGGUGGCUAUUACUCGACGGAUCCUGCCAAGACAGCAAGUUUUCAGUAUUGCAACGUCACUCGAGUGUAUGGAGCUAAUGUGACAGACAGCUCGUUGGCUUCGCAACGCGCGUUGAACCAAGUUAUGGCUACCUUGUAUUUCAUCACGUUCAUUCUCAUCUCGGCCUUCGUCAUGCUCUCUCUAUUUAUCGGUGCCAUCACUAUGAGUAUGACGCAAAGUAUGGAGCACAUGAAGAAAGCACAGGAAGAAGCUGAGGCUAAAAAACGAGCUGAAAAGGCUCGUAAACGGGCCCAGGAAGCAGAACUCCGCGCUCUUGAAGCGGAGAAGAAGCGCGCGGCAGGUGAAGCGCAAGAAAUAAGCGAUUUGGACCCCACCAAGACAGGCAAGUUGUCUGCUGCCGAGCGUCGAGAACGGCAGAAAAUGCGCGAAGUUUUGAUGCAGACGUGGGAUGACUGCGACCUGACGGACAUUUUAACGCAGCAACAAGGCGAUACCAGGAGUAUCAAAGGAGCGUAUCUCAAAGUUGCGGGAGUUGCGACGAAAAUCGUGGAACAUCCCAAGUUUUCGCUCUUCGUCACGUGUGUCAUCAUCAUGGCCGGAGUAAUGGUGGGACUUCAGACGUCUUCAGAAGUGGUUGAUGUGCUUGGGGCACUGCUUACGGGACUGGAUACAGCCAUUCUCACCGUGUUUACUGCUGAAGUCACUCUGAAAAUCCUCGCUGAAGGUUUAGAGCCCUGGAAUUAUUUUCGUGGAGCAUGGAACGUCUUCGACUUUAUCAUUGUGGUCGGGAGCUUCACGAAAGGGUCGGGUGGAAUGCUUACGAUGCUGCGUUUACUACGACUGUUGCGUGUGCUCAAACUUGUGAGAGCGUUCCCACAGCUGCAGGUUAUCGUUUCUGCCUUGAUUAAAGGUGUGAGCUCCAUUGGGUACAUUGGUUUGAUCCUACUUCUUUGCUUCUACGUCUUUGGGAUCGUGGGGAAUAUGCUGUUUGCCGAAAACGAUCCGUUCCACUUCCAGUAUUUACAUUUCGCCAUGAUCUCGCUCUUCCAGCUAGCUACAAUGGAUGGGUGGAGCGAUGUGUUGUAUAUCAACUAUUACGGGUGUGAUCUGUACGGCUACGAUGCGUAUCGAGAUCUGGGAUACGAGUGUAAACACCAACCGGGUGGUAUGUUAGCAGUGCUCUACUUCUUCGUCUUCAUCGUUCUCGGUGGCAUGGUGUUGAUUACUCUAUUCAUCGGUGUGGUGACUACAAGUAUGGAGGAAGCCACACAAGAAAUGGAGGCCGAGAAAGAGCUCGUACGUCGUGUGGAAGCUCUUCGAUCUCAACACGACAUCGACGCCAAAGUGGUGGCUUCGUACAUGCAGGUGUUCCGAAUGUUGGAUCUGGAUGGCAGUGGCUCAGUCGAAGAAGCAGAACUGCGUACCGGACUUGCAGCUAUUGGGAAGUAUCCAACCUACGAAGAGCUCAAGGAGAUGAUGGACGUUGUGGACGAAGACGGUAGCGGCCAGAUCGACAUCGUCGAGUUCGUCGAGUUUAUGAUUCACGUCCGCGAGAAAUCCAACCAGCAACAUGCUGCCAGAUUGGCAGCAGAGGCUGCUUUAGCUGCUGAACACUCAAGUCGGUCCUGGUCGUCUCCAAGGGCUGCGUUGUCGCCUCGGAACGGUCUGAAUUGCAGCGUCAUGCCCUAUAUCUCCGAUAAAGAGUCUCAAGACGCCAACGUAGACGCUAACUCGACAAACCCAGGCAUUUCAUUAGAUGUCGAAGCGCAUUCCGAAGAGGGAAGCGAGACAGCGUUGCUGUCUCAAGAAGCUCCAGCUCGACCGCGCUCUGGACGGGUAACGAGUAAAAUUCUCCCAUCAGGAUGA